CUCUCAAUUCAAAAGCACUGGAAAGCGGCUCAGGUCUGUGGUUGUGGUGGUGUCAAAAAGAGUGACUCACACUUGACAGUAAUUUGACAGUUAAACAGCCGUCAAAACUCCAUAAAUGAAAUAAAUUUUGGGAAAGGUGUGAACGAAUUAUUUAAAAUAAUAAUUAAUUAUGGAGGCAUAUGAUGUAAUUGUGAAUCAACCUGUAGUUAUAGACAACGGAACUGGGGUAAUCAAAGCAGGAUUCGCUGGUGGCCAAAUACCUAAAUGCCGGUUUCCAAACUAUGUCGGACGUCCAAAACACACCCGUGUCAUGGCAGGGGCCUUAGAAGGUGACAUCUUCAUAGGCCCCAAAGCUGAGGAACAUCGUGGACUGCUAUCGAUCAAAUACCCUAUGGAACAUGGCAUAGUUACAGAUUGGAAUGAUAUGGAGAAAAUCUGGAGCUACAUCUACAGUAAAGAUCAGCUAUCUACUUUUUCUGAAGAACAUCCUGUUCUACUGACAGAAGCACCUCUAAAUCCACGACCAAACAGGGAAAAGGCUGCUGAGAUAAUGUUUGAAACAUUCAAUGUUCCAGCCCUGUUUAUUUCCAUGCAAGCUGUACUUAGUCUGUAUUCAACUGGUAGGACAACAGGCAUAGUGUUAGACUCAGGAGAUGGAGUAACUCACUCAGUGCCUAUUUAUGAAGGAUUUGCUUUACCACACAGCAUUAUGCGGUCCGACCUUGCUGGUAGAGAUGUGUCUAGAUACUUAAGGCUUCUUUUGAGAAAGGAAGGCAUCAUAUUCCGUACUACUGCAGAAUUUGAAACAGUCAGGACCAUAAAAGAGAAAGCUUGCUAUUUAACCAAUCUGACCAACAACCCAAUAAAGGAGGAAUCUGUUGAAACAGAACAGAUCAAUUAUACACUGCCUGAUGGAAGUGUCAUCAAAGUUGGACCUGCUAGGUAUAGAGCACCUGAGAUUCUCUUCAAACCUGACCUAAUUGGUGAAGAGUGUGAGGGUCUACAUGAAGUGUUGAUGUACUCAAUUCAGAAAUCAGAUCUGGACUUGAGGAAGGUGCUUUUUAAGAAUAUUGUUUUAUCAGGAGGUUCCACACUUUUCAAAGGAUUUGGUGAUAGGUUGCUUUCCGAGAUUAAAAGAAUGUCACCAAAAGAGACUCAAAUCAAGAUUUCUGCGCCUCAAGAAAGAUUAUACUCAACAUGGAUAGGUGGUUCAAUUUUAGCCUCCUUAGAUACUUUCAAGAAGAUGUGGGUAUCUAAGAGAGAGUUUGAUGAGGAAGGGCAAAGAGCUAUACAUCGGAAAACAUUUUAGUCUACUUAGGGCACUCAAAUACAUCAUGUUGUGAUCAAUACUUGACUUAUGUCAAAAUGGGCACUCUGCUAUGUUUGUUAUCAUAAUACUCUAUAAGCUGUAUAAACAAACAAAUAUUUGUCGAAGUUGAACAGCUUAACAAAAUGGAACUAUAACAAUAUAUUCCAUGUAAAAGGGCAAAUUUAAACUAUCUUUAUGGUUUAAAUGAAUAUAUAUUUUAUCUUCGGAAUGCAUGUACUCAUGUACUAUUGAAGCAAAUUUUUGUUUACAUUAUCUGUUUUUUGUAGUAUUUAUAAGCUAUUAUAAUUAUUUUGAAUGUAUGAUGUAUACAGUUUCAUAAGUUAGGAGAUAACUAAUUUAUUUUUUAAUAUUUCUAUUGCUGUUUUUAUAUGAUCUGGAACAUAAAUUAUAUGCACAAGAAAUUUCUCUAUGUGGCUUUGGAAUAUAUUGCAACAAUAGUAUUUUAUAAAUAAAAUAAAUGCAUAAAUACUUUAA